UCAAAGAGUUAGUUCAACUUUGUGUGAUUUACACUUCACACAUAGAAAAAAAUGAAUCGUGAGCCGAACAUUAUUGUAUCAAUGUUAUUAAAAUUUGGUGUAUUAGGACUCUUAGGAAUAUGUUUAUUCAUCACCGGCAUCGAGGCACGUGAAAUAGGGAAUAGUAGAGAACGACGUGAAUUAAGUCCGGAAUUAGUUGAGAUUGUAUUCCGUGGCAAUAAUAAUAACCAAGAUGGAUUAAUUGGUGAUUUAGAUUCGGCCGGUAGUGAAUUAGUUGGUGAUUUAGUUGGAGCUGCAAGUGGUCAUCAUUGGAAGAAAGGUGGCGGCAAAGAACAUCAUUCCGAUCAUCAUUCCAAGCAUGGUGAAAAGGCUGAUAAAGGAUACAAAGGUGACCAUCAUCAUUAUAAAGGCCAUAAAGGACAUCAUGAUAAAGAAGGACACAAAGGACAUUACAGUGAUCACGGUGGCCAUAAAAAGAAACAUCAUCACGACGAUGGUUAUUAUUCAGAACAUCAUAAAGGUGAGAAAGGUGAAAAAGGACACAAAUACGCAGAAAAAGGUAGCUACAAGAAGGGACAUAGCACAAAAGGUGGACAUGAUGUACACAAAUUGGAUGAAUUUAAAAAAGAAAAACAUUUCUAUGAUGAAGAUCACGAUGAAGGACAUCAUUCCAAACAUGGUGGUUAUCAUCAUGAAAGUGGUGGCCAUAAAGGUGGCUCCCAUAAAGGUGGACAUCAUAAAUCUGCCUAUCAUGAAGAUCAUAAAGGUGCCAAAGGUAAGAAAUCACAUGGUGGACAUUACCAUGAUGAGAAAGGAUACAAACAUGCUGGUGGGCAUGAUGAACAUUACGGACAUAAAUCAGAUUAUGGAAAGAAAGGUGAACAUGAAGAUCAUAAGAAAUGGGGAUUCAAGAAAGGACAUUAAUAAUUCUUGUUAUAGCAUUUUAUUUGUUGCAUUAAAUAUGGUUACUUAUUAUGUUUAUUAUUUGCAUUUUUGUAAGUUUUUUAU